GGCUCAAAUCUGCGCAAAUAAACUUUUCUAUCUACUUUAACACUCUGCUACAUCCAUCCCAUUAAUACGUUGGUUACAAGUACGCCCACACAUCUGCCUUCACUAUCAUAUCCACCUACACACGCUUAUCAACUACACCACAACAUGAAGACUGAAUCUACCUCCCGUCAGUGCACCCCGAGCCCGGACAUCAAGAUCGAGCCUGUUCAUACACCGAAGAUAUCCAGGACACACUACGUCGUGAUCAAGCAAGAACCUGAGAGCACCCCGAAAAUUUCUACGACAGAUCAUGUCGUGAUCAAGCAAGAACCCUUGAGGACUCCGAAAGCCUAUCGGCCUCAAUUUCCCCACAAUAUCCUCAACAGCGUGGACAAAACACCAAAGACCUCCAGCCAGCUUCAAAGUCGUAAACCCACUCAGAUACCAGCCCAGAGAACGUAUUCUUCACAAGCCCCCACCAAGGACUGGGUCCGCUGCGAAGACUUCGACGAGCAUGUGCGAUUGGGCGUGACGCCACUUUUCUCCAGGACAGGUGAGGCGGGCGUACCGAAUGGUGUUGACGUUGAGUUGAGUGAGGGGGAACAGCAGGACGUGGGAAGGUGUUUAAGGAGUUCGAGACUCCAGGCUCAGGAGAGGGGGAAGAUGAGCAAGGGAAUGAAGUGGUUGAGGGAAAGGCAGCUAAGGCAGCGCUGAUGAGGGUCUGAAAGCAAGGACGUUGACGGGUCUCCAUUGUUUAUUCAGUUGUCCUGAUUCCGGGCGCACAGCAACAUAAGCGACCGCGUCGGCAAUACGAGGAAAUUGAGUAGGCAAAGGCUGGCGUUGGACUACUUUAUGAUGUGCUUUUCCUGCACGGCCUGAGUGGCGUAAUGG